AAUACACACGGCUAGAUGCGCUCCGAUCCUUUGCAAUGUCAAUGUCAUGACUCAUUGACUGUCAUAUUAACUUGUUUUUGUCGGAUAUCUGACUUGGACAACAUGACCAAAGGCAGUCAGGGACGAUUCCUUCUAUUGUACGGCUCACAGACCGGCCAGGCAAAGGCCAUAGCUGAAGAGAUCUUUGAGACGUCGCCAAACCAUGGGCUAGACCCUGAAAUGCACUGUAUUAGUGUGACUGACAAAAAGUUCAGCAUUGAGAAGGAGAAGUGCGUUGUGAUCAUUGUGUCUACGACGGGAGACGGGGAGCCACCAGAUACAGCCACCAAAUUCUGGCGCCGUAUCAAAAAGAAAACGUUAACAAGUGAUUACCUCGCAGGGGUCUACUUCACUCUGCUAGGUCUUGGUGAUUCCAACUACACUAAUUUUUGCCGCAAUGGCAAAAACUUCAACCAGCGAUUGGAAGAACUGGGCGCCGGUCACUUCUAUCCUCCUGGUUUUGCCGACGAUGCAACUGGCCUAGAGAUUGUGGCAGAACCCUGGAUUGAAGGAUUGUAUCCGGCACUUCGGAAGCAUCUUGGCUUAGACGGUGUCUCUGAGAGCCAAACUGGCUGCCCAGUUUCAGCAACUAACAGUACUUCUGACUUGUGCCAAGGAGGGGAAGUGAGAAAUGACAUUGGUGCUUCUAGUGAUGAACCUUUAAACCCGUUGGAGAGACACACUAAAGUAGGGUCACCUUUCCUGGAUGUCCAGUCGUCCUCUGUUGAUACCAGAAUGGAACAUUUAUCCUCGGUUCCUAAUUCUGCAUCGGCAACCUCAGAUGAUGCCGAAGAAUGUUCCUCAGACCAAAGGAGGGUUAACCACGACCAGACAACAUUAGGACCUUCAACAAAUCCUGGUCUUGAAGACCGCAGUGCAUCUUCUGUCUCUAAAGUAUCAGUCACGAACCACCUCGAGGUCUCCCCAGAACCAAAUGACAUGCCCUCUACUUCGCUGAGAAGGCCUGAGGGUUCAAAAAGAGGUGAAAAAGACAGACCUCUUGGAGAUGUGGAACAGGCAAGCAGUGCAACAGAAGGAGGAGCUGUUACGCAGACUGAUGGUUCCGCUUCUCUCAGGAUGUCUAUACCGCCCCUAUCUGAGAGUGGUCUUACACUGCCAGUUGCUCCACCUCCAUUCCUGGAUGUAGAAUUCCACACUGACCAAACUCUGAGAACUGAUGAUCUCCCUGUUCAAGGUGGAGCACCCAUGCCAUCAGCUGCCUCCCCUGUUACCAUGGCAACACUGGUCUCCGCAACCAGGCUGACAAGAGCAGAUGCUGUCAAGACUGCGCUCGACGUGGAGCUAGACAUUUCGGAGACUGGAAUUCACUACCAACCAGGCGAUUCGUUCAGCAUCGUCUGCCACAAUGAUAGCAGAGAGGUCAAUGACCUGAUUCAAAGACUUGGCUUACAAGACAAGGCUGACUGUCCACUGAGUCUGCAGGUGCUGAGUGGGACCAAGAAAAGACGCGCUGUGGUGCCGGAGUACAUACCUCAACCCCUGUGCACACUGAGACACGCACUGUCACAUUGCUGUGAUAUAAGGACCCCGCCAAAGAAGGCAUUCUUACGAGUCCUUGUCGACCACACCCACGAUGCAUCUGAGAAGCGUCGGCUGCAGGAAUUGUGUAGCAAGCAAGGCGCCAGUGACUACGGUACCUUCAUACGGGAUCCCCACCUGUCUCUAUUGGACAUCCUGACGGCCUUCCCAUCAUGCAAUCCUCCUUUGAGUCGACUGUUUGAACAUCUACCCAGGCUUCAGCCGAGACCGUACUCCAUAUCGAGCUCACCCUUAGUGGACCCCAACAAGUUGCAUUUUGUCUUCAACGUUGUCGUCUUCCCGGAGGGUCAAGGGAGAAAUGAGCGACGGGAAGGAGUCUGUACGGGAUGGCUCAAUCACAUGACCAAGACGGAACAACACUCUGAUGUCUCGCUGGCCAGUCAGAUGUCAAAACUUAGCAUCCAUUGGGAUACAAAGAUACCCAUGUUUGAACGAACCAAUCAGAGAUUCCACCUGCCAGCCGAGCCCACCACACCCAUUAUUAUGAUUGGACCAGGGACGGGCGUGGCUCCGUUCAUAGGAUUCUUACAGCACAGGGCGUGUCUUCUGAAGACAGGGGCGUGUCUUGGACCUGCCUGGCUCUUCUUUGGGUGUCGGCACAGGGACAGAGACUUCUUGUACAGAGACUCUCUUGAGGGUUAUCUGUCCUCUGGUGUCCUGUCCAAACUCUGCUUGUCCUUCUCUCGUGAUCCGAGCCCGUCAGUGACUGAUGAGAGUUGUAAGAUGGGGAAUGCGACGUCUGAUACCCCUCGGUAUGUUCAGGACAACCUGAGGAGAUAUGCGGCCGAGCUGUGUCAACUGAUCCUAGAAGACAAGGCAGUGGUCUAUGUCUGUGGUGAUGCCAAGAACAUGGCUAAGAAUGUGACGACCACCUUCAGUGACAUCUUCAUGCAGGAGACGGGGAGAACUGCUUAUGAAGCGGCCUGCCUGCUGGCGACGUUACGUGAAGAGAAGCGUUACGUGGAAGAUGUAUGGACAUAACCCUACCAAAUGAUGGUAUAGAUGAUGUGAUUGAACAGUUGCAAACUACCUUACUUGCAUGUAGUUUACUUAGUAUAAACUAGGACCACGCUAAGACCAAGUAGACAGGCUGGUUUGGCACUAUGCCUACUGCCUCAAGCAAAACUUUUUUCCCAGGAAUAUGAAUGUCGUAUUCCUUUUUAUUUUUCUCUUGAAUAGCACAAAUAUUGGUAUUAAUAUCAGGUAAUUUAUUUUUUCUGGUAGACCUUAUGUGUUAAGGCGGGUCAGAGGGUAAUGGUUUUGUAUCGCUGGGGUCUGACGAAGAAACCUAUUUUAGUAUUUACUGUAACUAAAUAAAAAUAACAAAGAGCCCUUUCAGAGAUACGUGCAAUGCACAUGGUCUAUUCGGUACAUGUACUUGCCAGUCAUCACAGUGCUGUAAAUAUAAAUAAUAUUUUAGUAAGGGUGUGAUGUGAACACGCUUAAACGUUUAAACAAAACAAAUCUAAAUCUAUUUACAAAUGUUUCCAAAAACGUUUAAACAAAUCUUGAAUUCAAAAAAAGAAGGAUAAACUUUCACGCGAUCUUCCUUCUAAGUUAAACGUACGUAGCACAAAUAAUUAACGAUGUUUCAAAACCUGCACCACAGUGCUUGAUUACAUUUAAGGUACUUUUGAGGUCACUUUUUCAGUAACUCUGCUUUUU